AUAAAAUGGAAUUAGAAGAAGAGCAGUCGCUGGAUAAGAAUGUGGAGAUGCAAGAGUUUGUCCUUGCUGAGUUUAAGGUACAGAAAGAUUACUUAUGGUAUUUCAAAAAUAACUACAACCUGACUAUUACCAACAAACGAGUGGUCCUUCUUUAUGCAGGAGGUACUCUCGGAAAUCUCAGAGACAUCAAAAGAAGCAUUAGUUACUCUAAAAUCAAAGGCAUUACUAAAACCUCACAAGAACCUCCGAUUUGUUUUGUUCUUCACUGCCGAAAAAUAGAGGAUGAGCUUCUUUACUGAAAUGAGGCACAAGAGUCCAUUGAAGUUAUUAAGGAAGCUUUUGCUAAAUCAUCACAAAAGAACCUACCUAUCUUCUGUCAGUACACAGAAGACCUCACCCCUUGGACGACCACAAUGAAGGAUAUCAAAAUUGGUAUCAAUAGGAUGCCUCUCAAAAAGGAAAGAAUCAAGGAUGAACGAGUUCUCACUGAUGAAGAAUCCUCUGAAGAAGACCAAGAAGAAAAAGAACUUGUAAAUGAAUUCUCUUUUAUUAAUAAGGAGGAUACCUCUGAGCGUGAAGAUACUUCUGAUGAUGAAGACACUGAUGAAGAGUGUCGAGAAUCACAAAACUGGGAAAUCAUUGAGAGAGAGGAAGAAAAUAUGAAGGAUGGAGAGUCAAAACUUAUUUUUACCAGAAAUACUAAUGAAAUUCAACCAGAAGAUGACUCAAAGUCUCUUCGAGAUUUUGAGGUUCUCAAGAUGAUAGAUCAAGGCGCUUUUGGGAAAGUUUUUCUUGUUAGGAACAAGCAUACCCAGAGUCUCUAUGCUAUGAAAAGGAUAAGGAAAGACAUCUUGAUUGAAAGAAAACAGAUUCAACAUACCAAGAGCGAGAAGGGAAUUUUGCUUAAUAUCGAGCAUCCUUUCUUGCUUGGGAUGGAGUUUGUCUUCCAAAAUGAUCUAAGAAUAUACUUUUUCCUUGAUUAUAUCAAGGGAGGAAACUUAUUCGAUAGUCUAAGGUCUAUCAAACGUUUCUCUGAAAAAGCAGUAAAGUUUAUAGCUGCACAGCUUGUUUUAGCUAUUGGAUUUCUCCACAAAAAUAAGAUUGUUCAUAGAGAUCUAAAGCCAGAAAAUGUUCUUAUCGAAGAAAAUGGGUAUGUCAAAUUAGCUGACUUUGGGGUAUCUAAAUUUUUGGAAAACGAAAACUCAACAUACAGUUUUUGAGGAAGCAAAGAGUAUAUUGCUCCUGAAAUGUGUCAGAUGAAAGGACAUAAUUUUACGGUCGACUGGUGGACUCUUGGGAUCCUCAUAUAUGAGCUCACAGUAGGAAGGCCUCCAUUUAUGUCUAAGAAGAACAACAAGUUAUGGAAAAUAAUUGAAUCUCGUGAGGUAAGUUUUCCUGACCCAAUCCGACAUCAAAUUGAAAUUUCUGAGGAUCUGAAAGACAUUAUUGUAAAACUAUUGGAUAAAAGUCCAAAGACAAGAUUAGGAGUGAAUGGAUAUGAAGAAAUCUGAAAUCACCCAUGGUUUAAAAAUAUAGAUUUCAAUGCCUUAGAAAAUAAACUACUUGAUGCUCCAUAUAAACCGGAUAUAGAAAGGUUAAUUAAGAACCCCCACAGCCGUGAUUAUGACCAGGCUGAAGAAAUGGAAGACACAGAAACUAUCUUGGAUAAGGAGGCUAAAUCUCUUAUCAAAAACAAUGCGAAUAAAUUUACUAAUUUUUAACCUUCAUCACCUACUUUUCAACCAUUUUUAA